UACUGCAUAAACAACAAAAGCAUCGCAAAAGCUAAAGUAUGAUUCUUUAGUGAGUAUAAUAAGGAGUUAAGGACACAUAUUAUAUGUGACAUAUAACAAUUGAUUUGAAAUUCAAACUUGUGUGGGAAAUUACUAGUUACUAGAAUACCAACCUCCUGUGUCCACCUUACACACCUGCUAAACUCACUAAAGGUUAAAACCCCACACACUAAAAUAAACAAAAGUUGAGUUCUUUCCACCAUCUUAGCAUCUUUAACCUUUUAAAAUACAUAUAAUCUCAUUAUAACCUACCAAGCAUUGCCAAACCUUUUUUAUCAAAAAUGGCCUCCCAAAUAUACUUAGAUCUUCACCCUCUUCGUUCUCUUCCACUCCCACUCAAAACCCAAAACCCACAAAACCAAUCCCAUCACUUCAAACCAAACACCAAAAACCCCAUUACCUGCAAACUCCGAGCAGCUGUUAUCGGCGGCGGCCCAGCCGGUUCCUCCGCCGCAGAAUCUCUUGCCGCUGGCGGAAUCGAAACAUUCCUCUUCGAACGCAGCAGCCCAGCCACCGCCAAACCAUGCGGCGGCGCGAUCCCACUAUGCAUGCUCGACGAGUUCUCAAUCCCCACACACCUCAUCGAUCGCCACGUCACCCAAAUGCGAUUCAUUUCACCAUCAAAUCUCAUCGUCGAUUUCGGUAAAACCCUAGGACCACACGAGUUCAUCGCUAUGCUCCGCCGAGAGGUGUUAGACUCAUUCCUCCGCCGCCGCGCCGAAGCCACCGGCGCCACCCUAAUUAAAGCCCUAGUUACCGAUCUCGUGGUCCCCACAUCCUUACGUGAACCUUACGUCAUUAACUACAUCAUCGGUAAUUGCCAGCGUCAGCUUGCUGUUGAUGUUGUUAUUGGCGCUGAUGGGGCGAAUAGCCGUGUGGCUAAAUCCAUUAAAGCUGGAAAUUACGCUACUGCCAUUGCUUUUCAAGAGAGGAUUAAAUUGCCUGAGGAUAAAAUGGGGUAUUACGAGAAUUUAGCUGAGAUUUAUGUUGGGAAUGACGUGUCACCCGAUUUUUACGCGUGGGUGUUUCCGAAAUGUGACCACGUGGCAGUGGGGACGGGUACGGUGUGUUCGAAGGGUGAUAUUAAAUCAUUUCAACGUGCUAUCAGAGCACGAGCCAAACCAAAGAUUGAUGGCGGAAAAGUGAUUAAAGUGGAGGCUCAUCCCAUACCGGAGCAUCCCCGCGCGGUUCGGGUUCGUGGACGGGUCGCUCUGGUAGGGGAUGCAGCGGGAUACGUGACGAAAUGUUCGGGCGAAGGAAUAUAUUUUGCGGCGAAAAGCGGAAGAAUCUGUGGGGAAGCAAUCGUGAAGGCCUCGGAAGGCGGAGAAAACAUGAUCAGUGAAGAUGAUUUGAAGAGAGAAUAUUUAAGAAAGUGGGAUGACAAGUAUUUUACAACUUUCAAGUUCUUGGAUGUGUUGCAUAAAGUGUUUUAUGGCAGCAAUGCAGCAAGGGAAGCAUUGAUAGAGUUGUGUGGAGACGAAUAUGUGCAAAGAAUGACAUUUGAUAGCUACUUGUAUAAGAAAUUAGCUAGUGGCAAUAGGUGGGAAGAUGCUAAAAUGGUCAUGAACACAAUUUCGAGUUUGGUUAGGUGUAAUAUUAUGGGGCGAGAAAUGGAAGCAUCUGCCCAAAAAAUUCUCUCACGAGUAUAGAUUAUCCUAAUAGUCAAAUAUUUCAAUCGGUUAUGUUUAUUAUGUCAUUUGUUCUAUGUGUAACCAAUUUAAUUCUUGUACGUGUUUUUCUCACAUAUCAAUUAAAAUGGAGCAGUUGUAGUCCAAUAAUGUCAAAUAAAAAAGGGAUGCGUAGAAUGAGAGCAAUAAAUCUUCAAAGUUGA